UACAGUACAUAGACAUCGCUGUCUGUGGAGGCACAACGCGAAGGAUUACUGGAAUAACAACCUGCGUCUACGGCUUACUUGAGAAAGCAGUGUGCAUCUACGUGCUAGAUAUCUAGAUGCUGUUAAGCCGGUGACAGAUGGUAUUGCAACAGAACAUUGGACUAACAGCUGUAAAGACCAUCCCCUACAGAACCCGCAGUCGUCGAUACAGCGCUAACAGUCUAACUACAAUAUGUUUCAGACAGUAUUCUCAACAAUUAAUUCCAGGCAAUAAAUAAGAGGCCAGAAAUUCAGGAAUCCAGAAAAGUCAAUGUUGAAAGUGCUAUUGUAGUUCUUAUGUAUGCGACGAUAAUACCGUGUGAGAACGCUGUGCGCGGUAUAUAGAUUACUGUGUGAAAGUAGAAUUUAGCCGACCAUUCUGCAGCGGCUAUUUGUAUGUACAUAGAACUCGUGAUUGAUUAUUUAGACUGUGAUACAGUGGAGGUGACUCGCACAGUGCAGAGGCGCGGCGUUUCUUGGGCAAGUUCUCUGGACGAACUGAACACGGACUGUUCCUGUAUAUUUGGAGGAUUUACUUCAUAAUCGAUAGACAUUUUGCAGGACUACGGAGGAUCGGCUGUACUGCUUUCACACAGCUUCACAUCGCAAUGGCGUUCUUCCUACGUGCUAUGUUCCUCAGGAAGAAGCGGGGUUCUUCCAAGAACCCUGUGCCUUCUGUUGAAGUCGAAUUACCUCAAGACGACUCCGCACGUGCGCGGCUAGCAGACGACCUAGAUGACGGGUCUUUCACGAUGGAGGAAGAAGACGCUUCCGGUUUAGAAGAAGGCAAAGAUGGCAAAACAACAAACAAGACUUGUUUUCUGAAGAUUAAAAAGAUCCUGAGGACUAUUUACAAGGCGGUGUCGUCCGUUGUAGGGCUGUUAAUCCUCCUGGCGGUGUACUCCGUCAUCGGGGCUGCGAUAUUCCGAGCUAUAGAAGGUCCACAUGAAAAAGCUCACCGGGACAACAUCACGUCCAACAGAGAAGAGACUGUGAGAGUGUUGCAGGAACUGUCGUCCAAUUUAAGUCAAGGACUGGUGAAUGAAACGCAAUGGAAUCUAGUGGCAAGAGGAUUGUUGCUGCGUUACGAGGAGACUGUGGUCAUUGCUCAAAAGAAUGGCGUGGUCAACUCGACCAAAACCCCCACAUGGACGUUCUGGCAAUCCAUGUUCUUCUGUGGGACCAUCUACACCACGAUUGGUUACGGGCACAUUGCUCCGUCCACGGACCUGGGUCGCAUGAUGACUAUGGUGUACGCCGCCAUUGGCAUCCCCCUUGCGCUCGUGUGUCUGGCUGACCUGGGGAAGCACUUCACGCUGGGCCUCAAGCUUAUGUGGGCCUUCAGUAGGCGUUACUGCAACUGUCGUAAGAAGAUGAGGAACGCAAGGAGAGGCAAAUACACCCCGGAUGAUGUUGAAGAUGGCAACAGCUCGACAAAAGCUGCCAUCAAGCCUGGGGAUAGGGUGUACUAUGGCUACAAAAUUGAUGACGAAUUCAAUAUUCCUAUUUCCUUCGCCAUAGGGAUUCUUGUAUUGUACAUCUUUCUCGGGGCCAUAAUGUAUGCCUUGUGGGAAAAAUGGUCCUUCUUGGAAUCGUUCUACUUCGUGUUUAUAUCCAUCAGCACCAUAGGAUUCGGGGAUGUACUUCCCGCCCAUCCCAAGUUUUUUCUUCUGUCGUCAGUGUACGUCUUCAUUGGCCUGUCGCUUGUGUCCAUGUGCGUUAACGUGGCCAUUGAGUUUUUCUCCAAGACCAUUGAUAAAGCCAAGGUGAAUAUUGACCGGGCUAAAACUAAAGCUAAGGAGAAGGCUAAAGAGGCUAAGGAGAAGAUGCACGAGGUAUCCAAGACUAUAGACCGAGCUAAAGAUCGAGCUAAGGAGAGGGUUACAGAAGCUAGAGACAGGGUGACAGAUUUUGCACACGUCAAAAGGAGGUCAACGCGAGGCUCCCCUUCAUCAAACAGAGCCUCCCCGUCUUCGGAUGACGUGAAGUCAGAGACGGCAACACCUAAAAGUAGCCCCAUUUCAGAAACUCCCGAGGAAACACCCACAAACACGUAGUAAGGAUGGAACGGAUGUUUAUACUAUGACUGCUUGGCCGUAAGAUUGCUCGACUUGGCUUACUAGGUUGAUGAGGAACACGUUGGAAUGUCUACAUUUUUUACUCACAAGAAGGAUGGUUAUGUGUCACAGUUGUACAGACUAGAUUCUAUCUAUUCCUGGUUGAUGAGGAUCAUGCCUAUUGGUCACGUCUCCAUGUCAUACUCCACAGAAGGAUGGUUAUGUGUCACAGCUGUACAGACUAGAUUUUAUCUAUUCCUGGUUGAUGAGGAUCAUGCCUAUUGGUUGCGUCUCCAUGUCAUACUCCCAUGAAGGAUGGUUAUGUGUCACAGCUGUACAGACUAGAUUUCAUCUACAUGUAUUGCUGGUUGAUGAGAAUAAUGACGGAUAAUGUCUGCAUCCUGACCAGUCAGUGGAGCAUUGUUUUGUGGACAUUCUGUUCACGAUCUCCAUCGACAUCUCAGUGACAUGAUUACCAUCAAUGCGUGUACUACUUUUGUGGCUUUUGGAGGUCUCAUUGUCGUCAUUCAGAAUUUAACAUUUAAUGACACAUCACAUCAGAAAUAUACCUAUUUGCACAUGACUUUAUGCAGCCGAGAAAGUUGUGCACACAUUCCGUGUGAGUUGGUAUGUGACUCUGUAAUACUAUAAAAUGAUGAGAUUGUUUGAGGCAACCAAUUCGGGACAAUUUGGAAUGACUUAAAAUUAGCUGAACCACAACAAUAUGGUCACUGAAGACAGAGUUGACCAAUGGAUUUCAACUUCGUUAUUCCUUCAGUGAUACGUGUCGGUACAGGUGCUAGUAGAUUAUUUCAACUAAAUUCCACAAAACGAUAUAGCAGUUUAUUUUCCAGUGUAUCAUAGCGUGUAUCGGACGAUGCCAGGGUCAUCUGACGAUAACCUUUCCACAUUUUAUAUAUACCCUAUUGAGGCAUUUUCAAACGUAAAAAGUCGCUAUACGUGACAUUACAGGAAGUUUGUAUCCUUUGUGGCCAGUAGUGUCUGGGGAACCGGCUGGGGUCUCCCUGGUAGAAUAUUGAAAUGGUUCAACUGGCAAGUUUGCAUCGUUACAAAAAAACAAAUGCUGCUCUUAAUGGACGUAUCCUAUUUUUUAUGUCCAUAAAAGUACACAAACUACCAUAUUCAGUCCUGUUAUGGACAUGUGGUCUUUGGUCCAUAAGGUAGUAUUUCCAAGUCGGAUUCCAGCUUCUAUUAGUGCUAAAAUUCGAUUGAUCAUAUUUGCCAUAUACUUCAGGAAUUCUAGAUCAUCAUUACCAUGAAUACUUGACUUGGCGGAAGACGAUCGAAGAGGAAGUCUAAGGGUAAUAGGUGGUGUUCUGUUGGUUUGUGUGAGUGUGCGAGUGAGUUUAAGGUCGCUUUGAACAGUAUUCCAGUUAUAUCGCGAUGUGUCAGCUUAAUGUGGGAGGAACGCCCGAAGUGAUGCAGGUCUCAGACGUUUACCACUUCGGUGAAACCCACGAGCACGGGUAUUGCGCUUACAAACCUAGAAACAUAAUCUGGGCGAACCGGGAUUCGAACCCACAAUCAUAGGAUUCUGAUGUUCCCAAAGGACGCAACUCUGCACAGCGAAUUUGAUCUCACGGCUAGCAUAUAAACUUAUUUGUGUUAUAUGGUAUGGGUUGACCAUUUCAACCAUUGGUAUCGUCCUUCACAUUAAAAUGGUUUGCAGGCAGCAGAUUCUUUUCAACAUCAGAGUAAUAAUCAAUUCAAAUUUGUUUCUUGUGUGUUUUACAGAAUUGUUACGUAGGUAAUACUGCGGGAUUAUUUGCUUUACUUAUGUCGAUUAUUAAAACUACACUCUACUUACCAGCGAUACGGAGUUUGAAAAUUCUUUCUUUAAGGAAUGGAAACUUGUCAUAUAUUUACACGCUAUUAUUGUUGUCAUUCGCAUUUCCCACCGAUAGAAUGAAUAAUUACGCCAUGUUUUGAUACUCACAUACGUCUUUCAAAGAAAAUGUAUCAUUCUCAUCUAUAUUGUGUGGUUAUAGCUUUCCACGGCAUAUGUUCUUUAAAAUAAAUGCGAAAAGUGAAAGUGCCUUUCAUUCGAGUGUUUACAAUGCAGUUCGUUCAAAUAACAAUGACGUAAAUUCAUUGUUACAUUCCUAACGAACUAUCAUUUCAAAACGUCACGCUAAUACAUCUAGCUAGGGUAAAGUUAUUUUCGUGACAAAACGUCCAUAUUUUUGUAAUUAUAUUCGAAAAUAUAAAAUUAUUAUGGUUAAUAGUGUCGCUUCAUUGUUCACUUGUAAUAUGCAAAGAACACAUUUGGCAUCAUGAACACAUGCACUGCCCAAAUAUUCAUAAUUGCAUAUUUUUUUUAGGGCUUAUACAAUCGCAGUUAUUCAUUGUUUUAUUAAUAUUCCAAUCUGCACAGUUGUGUAAGCCUGAUCUUCACCGGUCGAACAUUGUGCACGGAUAAUCACACUUAUGAAUAUAUGCAAAUGUUUUGAAAUGUAUUUCCAAUUUCAAAUACUUCAGUCGUACGCAAUUAUUAUACCAUGAGUCUGUGACAUACUGACCAUCGAUUGAUUUCAUAUAUCAGGAUUUCUUUGAAGGGUUUGUAUGCUAACUACUACACAUAACUUCCACUUUGCUGUGUGGUGAAAGCAAAGGAUACUUGUCCGUGGGACCAUAACAUAUCGAGUUAUCGGUAGUUCGAUACAAGCGGAGUGUCUGAGUUCUGUCGGAACCAUAAAGUCACUUCUCUUUGAAAGGUAUAUAGAUCUAUCCAUAGUUCGAGACAAGCGGAGUGUCGGAGUUCUGUCGGAACCAUAAAGUCACUUCUCUUUGAGAGGUAUAUAGAUCUGUCUAUAGUUCGAUACAAACGGAAUGUCGGAGUUCUGUCGGAACCACAAAGUCACUUCUCUUUGAAAGGUAUAUAGAUCUAUCCAUAGUUCGAGACAAGCGGGGUGUCGAUAUUGAAACAUAGUGCCACUAAGGAGUCUGUCGAUACCAUAACGUCACUUCGUCUUAAACGAUGUCGAGUUGACGGAGUUUGUUGUUAUCGAUAUGUCACUAUCCUGAGAUGGUCAUUAUUGAACUUGUGAGAAAAGACGGUUUUAUGGUAUAUGAGUGUGUGUUUCUGUCAUAUACGAUCCGUGAUAGUGCUAUUUGGGUUUCAAUGGUAUAAACCCUUGGCCUGCGGGUGAGAAUAAGUCCCCACCAACCUGGGUUGGUCGUAAGAGGCCACUGGCUUGGUGGUCAGGCUCAGUGACUUGGUUCAUUGCGUGUCAUCGAACUCCGAAGGCGCGGAUCGUUGUUCUCAAUGUCAAUCAUUGGAUUGUCUUGUUUACACUUAAUUAUAUACAGGCCGUCGUCCUAUAGCUGGAAUAUUGCUGAGUGCGGCGGUAAACAACAAACAGACAAACAAAUAUAUAUGAGGCAUGUAUACUUUUGGAGUUAACCAAGAUGAGCAAUAUUAAUUGAAGCGUCCCUAAAAGCCUCCUAUAAGUUGACAUAACUGUUCAACCCAGCAGAGCUAUGCUGCUGUGCUAUAUUCCAGAACCGAUAAGGGAAACACCAUUUGUUUACCCGACUCGAUGGCCAGAAUGAUGUUCGGUGUUUCGUGUAAAUUUUACCACAAAUAUCACCAUGUUUCAUAAUUCAGAACAUUUUAUCGGUUCUAAUGUUUGCAUACUUAAUGUUUAUAUGACGUUUUGUUGAGGAGAAUCGUCAGAUAUCAAUAAACGACAGAAAUGAUGUUCAUGUGUUAUACCGAUUGUGUGACACGGGGUGACCUCUCUGUACUGAUGAUUAAACUGUGUAAAGUCUCGCUUUCUGUAGGCGUUUAUAUUCGUAUGUACAUAUAAACAUGUUGCUGGAAUUACGUGUAUUUCGGUAUCUAUACCCCUGUAUUAUUCCAUUUAACUGCGCUCCGAUUUUGGUGGGAAGAACGCCCUAUUCGCGAGAAAUGUCUAUAAUCCAACUGUCCCAUGGAGAUUCCGGGUUAGAAUAGGUCUUCAGCAACCCAUGCUUGUCGUAAGAACGAACAGGUCAGGUGGUGAGGCUCGCUGACCUAGUUGAUGAAUGUCAUCGUAUCCCAAUUGCGUGGAUCGAUGCUCAUGAUGUCAAUCACUGGAUUGUCUGGUCCAGACUCGAUUAUUUACAGACCGCCGUCAUAUAGCUGGAAUAUUGCUGAGCGCGGCGUUAUACAACAAACAAACAAACAAACAAACACUAUAAUCUGACUGUAUGUGACGUAGACCUGAAUCAGAAGAAAUGAAACCUCGAUUCAGGACUCGGCAAACAAUUCAGAAAUAUUGAGAGUUGUUUAUGAAAGUUUUUAAACUAAUGUUAAAAUGGAUACCUUCAUCCACGUUACUGAUAUCCCAUUAAACCUGAUAUGUCCAGCUGAAAAAUUGAUGAUCUGUUAAAAAUACUGAUAAUGAAAUUGAUGAAUCUGCUCUAUAAUGUGGGAGGAAACUCCGAAGUGAUGUUGGUUGUAGACAUUUACCACUUUGCUGAAACCCUGGCGCAAGGUGUGGUGAUGACAAAGGAGCGCCAUCAUCACGGCUAAUCCGGGAUUCGAACUAAAGACCUGCGGAUCCUGAUCCGGCUAGGGAUGCAAUACCCGGCAAGGGUCUACCCCCAAUGAUGACAGUAUUCAAAACAGUUUAAAGGGAUUUUUUAGUUAUGUCUUUUUUAAACAGUUUUUGCGAAAUGAUUUUAGUAGGUAGUAGUAGUCGUCGCAUUAGCUGAAAAGUAGCUGUGUUGCAAUGUAAUCUUUGUAGAUAGAUGCAAAUAUAUAGUAACACAUAUGAUGCAUAAAUACAUUCUUCGCUCCUUAUACUGGCGAGGAAAUGUUAAAGCUGAUCUCUUGAAUUGUGAAACUCGCUUGACUGCGUAUUUGACCAGAUUCUAGAAACAUACUGGUGUAAAUUGGAAUAUUGUAUGGUACCCGUUGUCGUCUCUUAUCAUCUUUUCAGAAGUUAUUUGUCUGCCAUGUUCGGCACACAGGCAGCCAUCCUAUUUUACGAAUUACAAGGCUUGAUUCUUACCAGUGUUUUGAAAUGCAUUUGUAUUUCACGAAAUAAAUGAUUGAUAAAU